AGUCGUUGUUCAGUUAUCUGCCGAAUACUCUGGCCCCAAGAAUAUCCCCACAAAAACAAUGCUGGUAGUGGAAAGGAACGCAUGCCAAUGGGGAAAAUAUCUACCAGAGCAAAUCUGUUCCCCCAAUUUCUCUCCCUUCCCAGCCAAACCCUAAUUUUAGUCCCCCAUUUCGUUUCAUCAUCUACACACUGGACCAACGUGGUAUUGUGACCCAAGAACUAGAAAAAAGGCUUGAUGCUAUUGGUUUCUCCCCCAACUGGAAGGAAGUUUGUUUUAGAUGGGGGCUAUAUUGAGUCUAAACAAUGCCAAGGCGAGAACAGGUGAACUCUAUGAGGUUUUGCAGAGUGAAACUUGCAAGAGACAAAGGACAUCAUCAAGCUUUUGGGAGGAGAACCCUCGACUUAUUCCCAGCCUUCCUGACGAGAUAUCAAUACAGAUUCUUGCCAGACUUCCCAGGGUUCGCUACUUGGAUGCAAAGUUAGUGUCAAAGAGCUGGAAAGCUGCUAUUUUGGGAUUUGAACUUUAUAAGUUGAGAAAGGAACUUGGAACUACGGAAGAGUGGCUUUAUAUUUUGACCAAGAUUAAUGGUGAUAAGCUUUUAUGGUAUGCUUUGGACCCACUAUCUAAGAAAUGGCAAAGGUUGCCACCAAUGCCCAAUGUUGCCGUGGAAAAUGGAUCUAAAAGAGGCUUGUCUGGCCUUCGCAUGUGGAAUAUAGUGGGAUCAAGUAUUAGAAUUGCAGAUGCCAUAAGGGGUUGGCUUGGAAGGAAGGAUGCAUUAGAUCAAAUUCCAUUUUGUGGUUGUGCUAUUGGGGCUGUUGAUGGGUGCCUCUAUGUGCUUGGGGGAUUCUCUAAAUCUUCAGCCUUGAGAUGUGUUUGGCGUUAUGAUCCGAUCCUAAAUGCAUGGAGUGAAGUAAGUCCUAUGUCCAUAGAUAGAGCUUAUUGUAAGACUGGGGUUUUAGACGACAAGCUUUAUGUUGUUGGAGGUGUUAGUAGGGGCCGGGGUGGACUGACUCCCCUUCAAUCUGCGGAAGUAUUUGAUCCCCAUACGGGCUUGUGGUCCCAAGUCCCCAGCAUGCCAUUUUCAAAGACUCAGGUGCUGCCAACUGCUUUUCUAGCUGAUUUGCUCAAGCCUAUUGCAACUGGAAUGACAUCAUACAGGGGGAAAUUAUAUGUUCCUCAGAGUUUAUAUUGCUGGCCAUUUUUUGUUGAUGUUGGAGGAGAGGUUUAUGACCCUGAAACAAAUUUGUGGGUUGAAAUGCCAAUUGGCAUGGGAGAGGGCUGGCCUGCACGACAGGCAGGAACAAAGUUGAGCGUUAUUGUCGAUGGUGAUUUAUAUGCAUUGGAUCCAUCUAGUUCCUUGGAUAGUGCUAGGAUCAAAGUGUAUGAUAACUUAGAUGAUACUUGGAAAGUGGUUGAAGGAGAUAUCCCUAUUCGUGACUUUACGGAUUCAGAAUCCCCAUAUUUACUUGCUGGUUUACUUGGGAAACUUCAUGUGGUCACUAAAGAUGCCAAUAGUAACAUUGCAGUAAUGCAGGCUGAUAGGCAAAAUGAUUUAGGUGCCUCCACAUCCACUCCUGCUGAUAACUCUUCCGAAGAACUUUCUGUAUCUGUAACUGGGUCGGAAACAAAUAUUUGGAAGGUCAUUGCAACAAGGACUGCUGGUUCUGCAGAGUUGGUGAGCUGUCAAACCCUUGAUAUAUAGAAGUACUGCACGUCAGAAGGCUGCACUCUUCUAAGUUAUCCUGUGUUAAAAUAUAUAUGUAAUUAAGUUUUCGAUGGCUAUGAGGUUAAAGAACUUAUAUGGCUAUGUGUCAAGUAAUGUUUGCGAUCUGUUGCAUAUCUGGUGCACAAGUAAAUUCACAUUCCAGUAUUAUUCGCGGCAAUCAAGCAGAAAAUAUGUAAGCAUGUUUCUGUCAUCUUUUCCCCUUCCAUUUGAAACAAUGGCUUGUCCUUUUUCCCGGGAAGUGUUACAAUGAUUUUUCUGGUGCUGCUUGCUUUCUUUUCUAGCUCUUACCCUGCUUGCUCUCUGUUUAUCUGGAAAACUGUCUCUAUAUGCACUGCACAUGCUGC